AGCAGAUCGCUGCUGCUACACGUGUAGCGCCCUAUUUCACCAGCUUGAAAAGCGUCGUCGUCGCUUGCUUUAAUAUUACUGGGCUGGCGGGGUUCUUUGAGCGCUUGAGAGGCGCGUGUCCCGAGAUAUCCCAGAUGAGCAUCGUCGGUGUCCAACUGCAGGAUAUCCACAACACCGAGCCCGAACGGCGGGUCACGCAGCAUCUUGGAGGGUAUACGAGUUUCACCUGGACAUGCUCCUCCAUGGUCAGCGACGGAGGCGGCCUCCUCCUCUCCCUCGCCAAGGUCCUCUCCCGCUGUCCUCGUCUCAUCCGCCUCCAUAUCUCACAAUACGACGCGCCUACCACGCUGCCAGUCUCGCUCACCCCGUUCUGGGAAACCCGAAUGCCGCACCUUCAAACCCUCACGCUAGACCGUGUGGCCUGCCACGAGCUCACCCCGGACUUCCUCUACGCCCAUUCCCAGCUCGAGAACGUCGUAUUAUGGGACGAGUCUCCGCUCAGUGUCAUACCUCGCGCUUUCCUGCCUGACGUUCUCCCCAACAUCAGGAGCCUGAGGAUGCGCUGCGCCCGUGUGGAGGCGUACCUCGAGCUCGUCUGUCCUCUCUCAGACGGGCGCAGGCGGCCAUUACGCGAGCUGAGGAUCUGGGUAGACCCCUUCCUAGCGAGCAUACAGCAGAGUACGAUCGCACUCACUUUCUGCCGUGCUGUACGGGGGUUGGCGACUCUCCGCAGGGUGGAGAUCGCGGCGAGGAGUAUGGGCGCUAGGGCAGCUACGGCAGUCGCUUUGCUUGGACCGGCGUUGCCGCAAGUGACGGACGUGGCCGUUCACCCUCUACACGAGAGCGAGGAAGCGAUCGUACGUCCGUCCUUCCACCCUUCCACCCCUUCCUCUUCCCUCUCACGCCCUGCGCCCUGCAAGCUUAUGAAACCCAGGAAAAUUGGAUCUACGCCAUCUCCUCCUUCCCCUCUCUCGAGUCCCUCUACGGCUUCUCCCUCAAACUCCCCAAAGACCAGAGCGAGCUCGUACUCUCCGAACUGAGGGUGAGGUGUCCGAGACUGAAGUCUGUCGAUGGGAAGAGGUUUGAGGACGAGGGCGAGGUGGGGCUCACUUGAGGGGGUUUGUUGUCCUGGAGAUUGGUGGUUGGGUUAGUUAUUCCUAUACCCUUCAGUGGGGAUAUCUAUGUUACUCGGGCUUGUUUAUCAUAUUAUC